ACAUCCCUCUGAAUCAUGGACACUGCAGUUGGUGACACGUAUCAAUGGAACCCUUCUGCCAAGACUCCUCUACUCUCAUCCAAAACUCGGGGCUGGGGGACCAUGCAGCAGGGGUGGACUCCACUUCUCUGGCUCCGAGCUCUCCUCCUGGGGCUGAUGGGGCUCCUGGUGAGCAGCUCGGACUUCCAGCAUCACCGCUAUGAGGACAUGGUGCGAGCCCUGUUUGCAGUGCAGAGCGAGUGUCCCUACAUCACACGCAUUUACAGCAUUGGGCACAGCGCGGAGGGGCGCCACCUAUAUGUACUGGAGUUCAGUGAUAACCCAGGCAUCCACGAGGCAUUGGAGCCGGAGUUCAAGUAUGUGGGCAACAUGCACGGCAACGAAGUGCUCGGCCGUGAGCUGCUCAUUAAGUUCUCCCAGUUCCUGUGCGAGGAGUACAGGGCCGGAAACCAGAGGAUCAUGAGGCUGAUUCAUGACACCCGCAUCCACAUCCUGCCCUCCAUGAACCCUGACGGCUACGAAGUGGCUGCCAGACAGGGUCCAGAGUUCAACGGCUACCUGGUGGGCCGAGGGAAUUCCAGAGAAAUUGAUCUGAACCGGAACUUUCCGGACCUCAACGCCCUCAUGUACUACUACGAGAAGACCAACGGACGAAACCACCAUCUGCCACUUCCCGACAACUGGGAGCAACAGGUUGAACCAGAGACUUUGGCAGUCAUAAAAUGGAUGCAAAACUACAAUUUUGUUCUGUCGGCCAACCUUCAUGGGGGAGCUGUGGUAGCAAACUACCCCUUUGACAGAUCAAGAGAUCCACGAAUUCGAGGGAGGACCACGUACGCAGCCACUCCAGAUGACAAAAUAUUCAGAAAGUUGGCGAGGACAUAUUCGUAUGCUCACAGCUGGAUGCACAAGGGUUGGAACUGUGGGGACUUCUUUGAUGAGGGGAUCACCAACGGGGCCAGCUGGUACUCUCUGUCCAAAGGCAUGCAGGACUUCAACUACCUAUACAGCAACUGUUUUGAGAUCACCCUGGAGCUGAGCUGUGACAAGUUCCCUCCAGCAUCAGCACUACCCAGAGAAUGGAUCGGCAACCGGGAGGCACUGGUUUCAUACCUUGAACAGGUGCAUCAUGGGAUAAAGGGCAUGGUGUAUGAUGAAAACAACAAUCCUAUUGGCAAUGCUGAGAUCUCAGUGGCUGGAAUCAACCAUGAUGUGACUUGUGGAGUGGAAGGGGACUAUUUCAGACUUCUGUUACCAGGUACCUACACUGUGACAGCCUCUGCCCCCGGCUACGUCUCCUCGACCAGCACUGUCACAGUGGGACCAGCUGAGGCCAUACAGCUUCAUUUUUACUUGAAAAUGGUACCAAAACAAAACCUGAAGGUGAAGUCCCACAACAACAGGAAGAACCUCUCGUCUCACAAAUCUCCACUAAAACUCGGCCCCAGAUGAGAAAUGGACUGAAAUUUUACACACACACAUUCAUACAUACAUUCUGAAACUUCCAUGUUAAACAAACACAUGCAAAUUAUGGAAAUGAUAACUGAACAUAAAAUAUGUAUGUAAUGUUAUCUUUGUAGCCUCAUGAUUAUGUAUGUCAGCCAUUUAAGUUUUUGUUUUUUGUUGAUAAAUAUAAGCAUUGUGUCUACUGUAAUGUAUUUAUGUAACAGUGUUGAUUUGUAUAAACACAGCUAUACUGUAUUUGUAAAGGACUUUUCUGAUUCUGAUUUAUAAAAUCUGAUGAACAUUAAAAUUGAAAUAAAAGGGAUUGCCAGUGGUCUCCGUA